AUUUCUCCACAUUGUUAUUUAUACAAGAUGUAGAACUUUUUCAGAUAGACCUUUUCACCUCUACCUCUCUUUUCAAGCACUCACUCUUUUAAAAACGCUCAUUCUAUUCUAAUUCUCAUCAUUCGUUUAAAAAAUUUCUUAAUCCCUCAAAAUGAGAGUUUUAAUCGUUCUUUCUGCCUUGACAGGCUUAAGUCAGGCUACUGCGGUCGUUCCUCGACAGUCUAUCAGUCCAUCAGAAGUGAUCCUUACAUCCACUUCCGUCAGCACAGUCACAAACACCAUUAUCACUGCUUAUCCAGUCAUCACUACAGCAACAACUUGUAGCGUAGGAACCACAAUCCCUAUCGAAACUGGCUGUACCCCAGGUGCUGUUUUUUCCUUGCCAGGAGGGAAUUACUAUUCACAAGCAUGCUCCGUAUCUCUAUCUGGCGGGACUAUCAUCCGUGCCUACGUAGAGCCUGCUGGACAAGCGGCUAAGAGUGUGUGUGCAUCAUUCUGCAAUGUUCUCAACAAUCUCAAAACAGCCGCCAGUUCAUGUAACGGAAUAGUUUACACAACUAUCGGUGCUCUUAACCAAUGUUUUUUGAAAAAUGGACCUGUUACUGCUGUAUCAGCUGAAGCAAGCGUAUUUGCUGUUCAACAAUUUACAGAAAAUCCUUGUAUUGCCACGAUCACUGCUUCGACAACCGAUACUUCAUAUCAGACGGUUACAUCUACAUAUGAAAUCGUUUAUACUUCAACUAUAACUCCAUCCGCUGCUGCUACAACUUCUAUCGUCACUCCAUCAGCUGCCGCGACUACUAGUUCAUUUGAAAUUCCAUCAGCCGCCACAAGCAGUUCAUCUGAGACUCCAUCCGCAGCCGCCACAACUUCAACUACAACCACAAGCUCCUCAGAUAUUCCAUCCGCAGCUUCAAGUUCUUCUGUAUCUUCUAUUCCAACUUUAAUUUCGAACUCGACCUUGAUUUCGAAUUCGACUUCGACUUCGACUUUUUCUCCAUCUUCUCCAUCUUCAACUUCUAUCCCAACUCUAAUUUCCAACUCGACUUUGAUUUCCAAUUCGACUUCGGCUUCAACUCCAUCUUCAUCUUCAUCCUCAACUCCGAUUUUGACUUUAACUUCAACGUCUACUAGUUCCGCAGCUGCUGCUUCUUCGAGCGCUGCUGAUGACGAUGAUGACGCAGAUGAUGAAUGCUAUUAUGAUGACGAGGAGGAGGAGGAGGGUGAUUCUCAGUAAAUGUAAAUAAGGAUUGAGAUUUAGUU